AUGGAGGAAAUAGGAGGAGGGCAACAAGGAGGAGAAGUGUGUGUGUCAAGAUCAGUGGUGGAAGUAUGGAGAGGGAUAAUGAAUUGGUUAGGGUUUAUAAUAAAGUUGUUUUUACAGAUUUUAAGAGGGACUCCUUCUAUGGCUCAAUUUUUACUUUCUUAUAUUGGUUUCACAUUUCCUCUUCUUUCUUCUUCUCCUUCUUUUAAGCCAUUGCCUGUUAUUGAAAUUCCCUUGCAAGAAACCACGUCGAAGAAGAUCACAGACAGGGCACAUGAUAGCAGUUGUGUUCCUGAUGAUGUCUGCGAUUCUGGUGCUUGUGAUGAUGGCGCCAUUGGAAAACUCACUGUGGUGCUUGACAUGGAUGAAACUCUAAUCUGUUCAUAUGAGACUUCUAGCUUGCCAGCCAUUAUUCGCACCCAAGCAGAAGAGGCAGGGGUGGAGUGUUUCGAAUUGGAAUGUUUCUCUUCAGAGAAAGAUGAUGAAGGAAAACCGAAGAUAAAUCAUGUGACAGUGUUUGAAAGACCUGGUUUGAAAGAGUUCUUGAAACAGAUUGGUGAAUUUGCAGAUCUGAUUUUGUUUACCGCUGGUCUUGAAGGUUAUGCCAGACCACUCUUUGACAGGAUAGAUGUGGAGAACCGAUUUAGUCAACGUCUUUAUCGACCUUCAACUGUUAGCACGGAAUAUCGAGAACAUGUGAAGGAUCUGUCUUGUUUAUCUAAAGAUCUCUCUCGUGUUGUGAUUGUUGACAACAACCCAUUCAGUUUCUUGCUACAACCAUUGAAUGGAAUACCAUGUGUUCCAUUCUCUGCUGGAUUGCCAUAUGAUGAGCAACUUUUGGAUGUUAUCCUCCCACUCCUCAAAAACCUAUCAAUGCAAAAGGAUGUAAGGCCUGUACUUUACGAGAGGUUCCACAUGCCUGAAUGGUUUCAAAUGCAUGGCAUUCCUGCUUCUGCUUUGACAGUGUGA